CGGCUGAAGGGUUUGCUCUGCUUCCUCUCUCCCCCCUCCUCUCCCGCGGCGGCGCCUGCGAACCCGAACCCAUCCGCCGCCACGCCAUGGCCAAGUUCAACGUGGUGCAGAAGAACAAGCGCCAGUGGAAUCAGGACCGCAAGCGCGCUGCGCAUGGGGAGCCCGGCACCGGCAAGCUCAAGCAGCGGACCGCGCCCGUCUCCAUGUCCGGAAAGCGGAAGCGGAAGCUCGAGCGCCGCCUCAACCGGGAGCAGAAGGAGGCUGCGAUGAUUAAGGCGCUGGAGAACAACAUGGGGGAUGUCGACAUGGUCUCUGCUGAAGAGUCUUCAGAAUCUGCAAAGGUCAAGCCUCAAGUGAAGCUCAACCUGAAGAAAAACUCCAGGAUACAGAUCAAAAGAUUAAAAGGCAAAGGUAGAAAGAAAGCCAAAAAUGCAAAACCGCCUACAAAGGACAAAGUUGACUCCAUGGUCGAGUGAAGGGCAGGAUGGGACCCAAUCGCCAGUACUGUGAAGCCUUGGUACGUUUGCUGAGAGGACCACCAAGAACUGUGGAGACUGACCUUGGCCGAACACUGGGCUUGAAUGUUCAUUAGGAACUACUUAGAUCUGGUGUUAAUGUAUCCAACUUCAAACAUGAAUCAAGUUUUGUAAUAGUUGAGUAUGCAUGGUCUUUUUUCCCCAGUUCCUGUUGGUUGUGGAGA